UACUUAAUUCACCUUAAACCAGACAGUUCAGAAGAAGUUACAAAAGGAGGGAAACCAAAAAUAAAGAGCUAAAACCCUAAAAACAGAGCAGAGUGAAGAGUCUUUUUCUCUUCUGUUACAGCCUCUGCUAUUCCCUCCCAAAAUUUUCGGACUGCAUAUUUCCCUACUGAAAAUAUUUUUCUUUCACAUUCUUUCAUUUUUGUAUUUGGAAAAGAGAAGUGCUUCGCACAGCUUUCCAUGGCCAGGCUUCUACGAAAGGCUUCCUUUUUGAAACGCGCGGUACUUGAACCAGAGGGGCCAAGGAGAGGAAUAUUGGGGACGUCUUCUCAGAUUCGUGAUUUUGCAACUAAAGGUAAAAGAAGAUCCAAGUCGGAUGGAAGUAGUGACUCUUCUGAAGACAAUAUGUCCAAGAAAGAGGUGGCUCUACAACAUGCCCUGGAUCAAAUCACUAGUGCAUUUGGAAAGGGAUCUAUUAUGUGGUUUGGUCGGUCAAUUGCUCCAAAAGAUGUUCCGGUUGUGUCUACAGGUUCUUUUGCUCUUGAUAUAGCACUUGGAACUGGUGGGCUUCCAAAGGGGCGUGUUGUGGAGGUUUUUGGUCCGGAGGCUUCUGGGAAAACCACUCUUGCUCUACACGUAAUUGCUGAAGCACAGAAGAAAGGAGGUUACUGUGUUUUUGUUGAUGCUGAGCAUGCUCUUGACUCAUCAUUGGCUCAGGCCAUUGGUGUAAACACUGAGAACUUGCUUCUUUCACAACCUGAUUGUGGUGAACAAGCUCUCAGUCUGGUGGACAUGCUCAUAAGGAGUGGUUCUGUGGAUGUUGUGGUUGUUGACAGUGUAAGUAAGGUAGCUGCCCUUGUGCCUAAAAGUGAGCUUGAUGGCGAGAUGGGUGAUGCUCACAUGGCAAUGCAAGCAAGAUUGAUGAGCCAGGCACUGCGCAAAUUGAGCCACUCUUUAUCAAUGUCACAAACGAUUUUGAUCUUUAUAAAUCAAGUGAGGUCAAAGCUUAGUACAUUUGGAGGAUUUAGUGGGCCAUCUGAAGUAACUUGCGGUGGUAAUGCUCUGAAGUUCUAUGCUUCAGUACGGCUAAGCCUAAGAAAGGUGGGGCUCAUAAAGAAGGGGGAAGAGACUUUGGGAACUCAAGUCCAAGUGAAGAUUAUAAAGAACAAACUUGCACCUCCAUUCAAAACGGUCGUAUUUGAUCUUGAGUUUGGCAAGGGAAUAUGUCGUGAAACAGAGCUCAUAGAAUUGGGUGUAAAACACAAAUUUAUCGGCAGCAGGGGUGGUGGAUAUUAUGAUGUGGGUGACAAGACUUUCCGUGGGAAGGAGGUUCUUAAAGAGUUUCUAGCUGAAAAUGAUGUUGCACGGGAAGAACUUAUGACAAAGCUGAAGGAGAAGCUACUUGAUGUCCACAAAGAUAAAGAACCGAGGACAGAGGCUACUGAUGAAGAACCCAUCGAACAAGUCAUUUUACCUGAUUCUACUGAUGAAGAAGCAGUUACUGCAGUAGAAGGAUAAUAUGCAAAUACAUUAGAAUGAAGGCUGUCCUGCUAGAUUCCGUGACAUGAUCCAGUUUUCUAAGGGAUCCUGUGGUUCCCCAUUUUCUGCAAUCUGCACGUCGAGGUUAUUGGAGGCACAAAUGGAUGGAGGGACGGAAAGGCAGUUUCUUGAUUAUCAUUUACAUAUUGCUUUUAAGUGAUGGCCUUGCUUAACUUCCAAAAAAAAAAAAAAAAAAAAAAA